AUGCCUUGCACCAAACAGCCCGAGACCGCAAAAGAGGUGUGGACCUCAGAGGAGGGGUCUAUGGCCCGCGAAACGGCAAUUACCAGGUGGCCGGGCAUUGUACAAGGCAUGAUCGACGACCUGGACCAGAGCUUUGCACAUUCCGAGGUUGCAGAGCAGGUCGAGGAGGGACGGCGCAUACAAGCCACCCUGCGCAUCAUUAAGAACGAAAUCAGCCAGGAUAAGCCAUUGCACCCCCUGAUGCCAGACGGCCGCUCUGACAUUGAUGGCUUCAACGCUCAGCUCAAGUCCUUCGGCAACAUCACAUGGCAUAACGCGCCCUGGCUAUUCGCCGAGUGCUAUCUCUAUAGAUGCGUUCAAACGCUUUUUGGCCGCUCCACUCACUGGCGCACCUAUGACAUUUUCGCCCGUCAAAAGGUCUCCGCGUUUGUCGCCUCCCACGCCGCUGUUGAGGAGCUCUGUGAGCGCUAUGUGUCCCUCACUUCAGCGGGCGCCUUCUGCAAGACGAGCGAGGAAGAACAGGCCCUCAUUUUUAGCGAGAUGACCGAAAUUGCUCUCUGGGGUAACGCCACGGACCUGAGUCUCUUGAGCCACCUGAGUCUCGACCAGAUCCACUCGCUCCAGGGGGCGCAGGCUAUCCAAGCAGGGCAAGCCCGCAUUGUCAGCAACGACAUGGCCGUGGCCUGGGACCACCUCAGGUCCAACCGGGGCAAGCGGGUCGACAUCGUCCUUGACAACUCGGGCUUUGAGCUGUUCACCGACCUCGUCUACGCACUGUACCUUCUUGAUGCCGGCCUCGCGAGCUCUGUGAAGCUACACGUGAAGUCCAUACCCUGGUUCGUGUCGGACGUGAUGCCUCACGACAUGGACGUGCUGAUCUCGGCCCUGGCCGACCAGUCUAUCUUCCCUGCUGCCAAGAACUCAAGUGUACGAACCCUGACUGAGCGGCUGAGGGAGGCAUACAGCAAGUCCGGCGUCAUGAGCAUCGCUGAGCACCCGUUCUGGACGACGGGCUACGACUUCCAGCAGAUGCCAGCGGUGGCUCCGGAGCUGCUCGGGGACCUGCGGGGAUCGGCGCUUGUUAUUUUCAAGGGCGACCUGAACUAUCGCAAGCUGGUCCGCGACGCCAACUGGCCGCACACACUACCGUUCAAGCAGGCCAUUGGUCCCCUGGUGGGAAAUAAAGCCAACGAGGGGAUCAAGAUUUUGGCGUUGAGGACGAACAAGGCGGAUGUAUGUGUCGGUCUGGACGAGGCGACGCUAGAGAGGGUGGAGAAGGAGGCACCAGGCAAGAAAUGGGUGAGAAGCGGGAAGUAUGCGGUUGUGAGCUUUUCUGACGGUGUUUAGUAUGAUAGUCUAAGACGUGCAGACAAGCUGGUCUGCUUGGGCGACGGCAUAGUAGCAUGUAGGCGUUACAGGGUUAUCAAUCAUGGACUCGGUAAUUACAGACAGUGGUUGA